UCUUUGUGACUUCCUUGUUCAUCGUCUCUCGCAUUCUUUUUCCUGGGAAUAUAUCUGUGCUCGGCCCACCCCUGAGGGUGAUGGGCCAACAGUUAUAACCGUUGGCAGCGAUGAACCGGGCAAUCGAACAAGCAGGGUCCUUAUUCACUGGCUGGAUUCACUCCUGCUUGUUCUGCCCAACAGGGGCGGACGACGAUAGCUUCCACCAUGACAGGAGCGCGAGACAAAACGGUAUGUAUUGCGGUCUAUUGAACAAAGACGAGUCGAGGACUCGAACAAUUGCACUAACGUGCGUCUCAGGUGCCGAACGGGAGAUGCGCGUGUGCCAUACACAGCCUCACCUCGUCCCGCCCAUGAAGCUCGUCGUCUACGACGACCUGCCCAGCCCAGGUCCACCACCCCGGGUGACUUCCUUGCCUUCCUGGAUGAUGGACGGGAAAGACAUCCGAGCAUCGCGGGCAUCCAACCGGAUCAGUACCAUCUCGUUCAAGAAAAGGACCAGUACCAUCUCCUUCAAGAAGAGGUCGACCGCUCCCAUAAGGAUCAGCGCUCCAUCCGACUUCCGCCGCGUGCCUCUCUUCGCGACUACUACCCCUGGAAAUAUCCCAGCAUUGGAGCUGAGCUUCAACACCCCAGGCUAUCAUCUCCCAGAGCUCCCCCAGUUCGAGGACUUCCAGCUAGAAGAAAACCGCCGACAAACGCUGACCAGACCCGCCAAAGUCCUCAAACCAGCAGACACAGGCCGCCUGUCGCAGGCUAGAUCACACCACCGGGCGUCGUCUUCCGUCCACCUGUCUCGCAAACCCGUCGGGUCCGGUUCCCGACGGUCUUCCCUCGCAACACUGGAACACCACCUGGAGAGAUCCCUCCCGGCGCCCAGCCCUCUCAUCCCUCACUUUUCGACCCGCCCAUCCACAGUUACUGGUAUGACUGCAAGCCUCUACUCUCCCCUCCCAACCACCACAAUCACCACCACCAGGCCGGACUCAACUGGUAUCCCCGGACCCGCAUCCCCAAGCGAUCCUCCUCCAUCCGCCAUCCCAGAACCCCAAACUCCACUACAAGCCCACCUGCAGGCCAGGCCCCCCCUGCCCCCGACUGACGAGGAUCGUCCAUCAUCCAGCAGCGUCCAAAGACCCCCAACAACAAGCUCCUCCUCCGACGGCCCCGCUAACCGGACCCCCCCUCGCACCGGCCGCGUCACACAAUGGCUCUUCAACACACCAAUAUCAACAUCAGCACCAUCAACAACCACCCGAACCUCCCUCCCCGCCUUCCCCACAACCUGGAAACCAUCCUUCACAACAGACAAGAACCCCUUCCGUCUCCGCUCCCGUACCCUCAGCGGCUCAACCCUCGCCUCCUCCGCCUCCUCCCCCUCCAUCUCCACCACCAACAACAACAUGACAGGCGCCGCAGCGCCUAACAAAACCACGCCCUCCCCAACCAGUAGCACCACCGUGUUUCCCCGCCAAACAGCCCGCCCAUCCGAAGACCAAUCCCAGUACCAACCCUACCCGACAAUCUACGAAAGCGAUGACCUUCGUCGUAGUUAUUACGAGAAUCAGUCGCACUCGCAUUCGCCGAUUGGGGUGGCGUUUUAACGUGGGGCUGACCUUGUUCUUGGAUAAUGGGAUACUUUAUGCUUAAUGUCUACUUUAUUUACUUCUACGAGCUUACUUGUUUGAUUGUCUACUUGCUUUGGUAUUCAUCCUUGUCGGAUGAUCUUUUUUUUCUCUUUGUUUGGCAUCUGUCUACGACGAGCACCAGCACAAGCACGAGCACGAUCCAUCCUGUUGAUACCCUCUCCCCCUUUCCCCCUCUUCCCUUUUUUUUUUCCCUUUACUUUUCUUAACUUUCGUCUAUCUCAAUCUACGGUCUACCCCUAAUAUCAUCAUCAAUCAAUACCAAUCUGCUUAUAGUAUAGUAUAGUAUAGUACUUCCAC